UCACAACUAGCUAAAUCUCUAAAGUAAGACUAGUAAAUAUUCCCCUCUGUGGUUUAGCUUCUUUUCCAAAAGUACAGUAGCAGUACUAACGUGAUAUUGUAAGCAAACAUCUAAAACGUCAUUUUGUUUUUAAGUCAAAUUAUCUGUGGCGUAAAAACACGGCAGUGGCAGUGCGAGGUCCUGGAUGGAUAGCCUGGACCCUGAAACCCUGUAUGUGUCUCCAGAGCAGACGGGACAGCCCACACUCCCCAUCCCUACCUCGGAAGUCUCCAACUUGGCACUAGGGGGUGGGAAGAAGAUGAAUGGAUCUCUGGACCACCCUGACCAACCAGAUGUGGAUGCCAUUAAGAUGUUUGUGGGUCAGAUUCCACGGUCCUGGUCCGAGGAGCAGCUACGUGAGCUCUUUGAACCUUAUGGAGCCGUCUAUGAAAUCAACGUUCUCCGAGACCGCAGCCAGAAUCCACCACAGAGCAAAGGCUGCUGUUUUAUAACAUAUUACACUCGCAAAUCAGCCUUGGAAGCACAGAACGCUCUGCACAACAUGAAGAUUCUGCCAGGGAUGCACCACCCAAUCCAGAUGAAGCCAGCUGACAGUGAGAAAAACAAUGCAGUGGAAGACAGGAAGCUGUUUAUUGGAAUGAUCUCCAAGAAGUGUAACGAGAACGACAUACGAUUGAUGUUCUCACCAUAUGGACAGAUAGAGGAGUGCCGAAUACUUCGAGGCCCUGAUGGACUUAGCCGAGGUUGUGCAUUUGUGACAUUCACAGCUAGACAAAUGGCCCAGUCAGCCAUCAAAUCCAUGCAUCAGUCCCAGACCAUGGAGGGUUGUUCAUCGCCCAUCGUGGUGAAGUUUGCAGACACUCAGAAGGACAAGGAGCAGAAGCGCAUGGCUCUACAGCUGCAGCAACAGAUGCAGCAACUUAGUGCUGCUUCCAUGUGGGGAAACCUCACAGGGCUCAACAGUCUGGGGCCACAGUACCUAGCACUUUACUUACAGUUGCUGCAGCAGUCAGCCUCCACAGGGAAUGCACUCAACAACCUGCACCCUGUAUCAGGUCUUAAUGCGAUGCAGAACCUGGCUGCCUUAGCAGCAGCAACUGCCACACAGGCCACGCCCACAGGCUCCAGUGCCAUGACAACAUCUAGUAGCCCACUAAGUGCACUAACAAGCUCAGGCUCAUCCCCCACCUCCAGCAGCACCUCCUCAGUGAACCCCAUAGCUUCUCUGGGGGCCCUGCAGUCACUGGCUGCUGGUACUGGAGCUGGCCUCAACAUGGGCUCCCUGGCAGGCAUGGCAGCACUUAACGGCAGCAUUGGCUCUGGAGGCCUGUCUAAUGGUUCAGGAAGCACCAUGGAGGCACUGAGCCAGGCCUACUCAGGCAUCCAGCAGUAUGCUGCUGCUGCUCUCCCCAGCCUGUACAACCAGAGCCUGCUGUCCCAGCAAAGCGUCUCAGCUGCAGGCAGCCAAAAAGAAGGUCCAGAAGGUGCCAAUUUGUUCAUUUAUCACUUGCCUCAAGAGUUUGGAGACCAGGACCUCCUCCAGAUGUUUAUGCCCUUUGGAAAUGUCAUAUCUGCUAAGGUCUUCAUUGACAAACAAACAAACCUCAGCAAGUGUUUUGGCUUUGUGAGCUAUGACAAUCCUGUGUCAUCACAGGCAGCCAUCCAGUCAAUGAAUGGUUUCCAGAUUGGAAUGAAGAGGCUGAAGGUGCAGCUGAAACGAUCAAAGAAUGACAGCAAGCCUUACUGAAGGUGCUGAGUCAUAACAGACUUAGUUAGGAAGGGUGGUGUUAUGAUCUCUUCCUGUUUGCCCUAGCAUGUUGAUGUGGCGUCACAGUUCAUCGUCCAGUCCUUGUCUUCUGCGCUUCUCUGAUGCUUCCAAUUUCACCUUGUGUUUGACACUGAUUACCAGGAGGUUUUGUUCUGUUGUUUCCCAUAAGUCCUUUGUGCUGCCAAUAGGGGCACUAGAAAGACUGCCACUGAACAUGUUUAAAAGUUACAUUAUUACAAGCAUAAAAGAGAAUCUAUUUUUCUAGAACUGACUGGCAUACAGUAACCACUAGAUUUUUGCAAAAUCAGUUUGACAUGAGUAUGACCUUAACUUUGUUUUUAUCUCUUGUGUUGUCGAGCAGUCCUCCCAGUGCCCCAUCCUCCAGUUUUGUUGUGGUUUUUUGUGUGAAAGCAGCUAAUCUGUCUUUAGACAAUGUUUUUGAGUGCUGGUGUGUGUCUCCUAAGUUAGAAAAAACCUUUCGAGCAAAUUAGUGAUCACAUUUUGUUAGACAUUUGUAAUUUCAUCCUAGGCUAACUAAGAGUUCAUCAUUGGGAGUUCUUAUUUGAGUGAUGUUAUGAGGAGGUAAUAUUUACUAAUCAGUUGUUAAUAUCAACCUGUUGGCUGACCACCACAAGCACAUGAUGCUGUUUUUGCUCUUUUUUAUGUGGAGAAUCAGCCACAAACUCCACAGAGGAGAGGCUUGUUUUGUCACAAAAGUAUAUUUAGUAUGCAUGUUUUUUUUAUUUUAUCUGCACUGAAAUUCAUGGCAAAAUGUGAUCUAGUUGUAUUGAGUUUAAAAUGAUGAAUAAACUGGUGCCAAAUGUUUUGCUCAAUCAGUAUUUUCCUCUUCCAGUGCAUUUGCUUCACUGGUCAGAUGAGUCGUAGCAGCAGGGUUGAUUGGUGUGACAGGUGGCAUCGUGUACAGCAGGUUUUACUGAAGAACUGACUGAGGCUUGACGUCAGGUUGACUGGUUGAGACUUUAAAUGAGUUGUUUUGUGUGGAACUAUGCAGACCCAGAGUGUUCACACACACCAGUAUCAAACACAAGUGCCUACUCAAAAGCAGUGGUGUGUGUACUGUAUCUGUUAGUGUGUAAUCAUUGAGACCUUUCAGCCCACUAAUGUAACCUGUAGUCUGUCUGUUUCCCUGACCAGUGGAACAAUGUUGUGGCUAACCAGUGUGAGGCCAUUAAGUUAAAAAGUCAAAAGCUAUCAUUCACUGAUCAUCUCAUCCUGCUUGAAUAUUCAAUGCAACUUUAUUUUGCAGGUCACAUAGUGUCUUACAGUCUCAUAGAAAGGAACUGUAAUGUAACUGUGUAUGACUUGUGUAACCUGGUAGUAAUUAAAGGGAAAAUGGAGAAGAAAAAUCAAUAAAUCUGUAUUCUUUUAGUCAGACAGCAGGUCAGAUAAACAUGCAAAAAUGUGAUAUUGUCUACAGGCAACACUACAACAUACAGUACAAUGAAUAUUAAUCAACUAAACUCAAAUGUAGUUUGAAUGUUUAGGACCUGUUGAAAUAAAGACUUAGAAUAUUCUCUAAAUACAUACUUGAAGGACCAUAACAUUGUUUCAGUAGCAAUUAAAAAUGAUACUGCAUAAACAUGUUCUCCCACAAAUCAUUUUCUCACAGAACAAAAGAAACCAGAGUUUUCAAAUGUAAACAGCCAUGCCAGCACUUACAGGAAAUAAAAUGCAGUCUAACACUGGCAGAAGUAUGAUUCAAAUCAGUAACUGUAAAAAGGAAAUUAUCCAUGACUAUGAAUCAGAGCGUUUUCAACAUACAUUUAGUCUAUACCAAAAUGAAGAGAAAAGGUUUGAUACCAGGUUUGAUCACUUUAUUGUAAAUGGUGUAUAUUUCAUUACUACUAAUUUUCUAAAGUCCUUUUCAUUCCUUAUGAAAAUCAAUGUGGAGAUACUUGAAACUUCUUUGACUUGGCUCAUCCAUCCUGUCUGAUGUAAUGGUUGUGUGAGAUAUGUUGUUUAGUAAUGCAGUGCAAACAUAUUCAGCACAGCCAUGAUGUUCAUUGGUUGGUUGCAUAACUAAAGCAUGUCAUGUUGACUCUACAUGCUGUGGAGCCCAGGAAGGGACAUGGAGGGAAAUAUUGUAAUCAUAAUGCUGUGUAAUGGAUUUUGACUUUUGCACAAAUCAUUAUUUUACCAGUACUUGUGUUAGAAAAGCAUGAACCGGGUCUUCAUAUCAACUCAACAUUCUUGUAUUUUAACGACGAGUGAUAGUGACAUGAUGAUCACAGAAUUAUAUAUAGUCCCAGCAAGCAGUAUUGGUCAUGGCUCUUCAGGUGAACAUACAGGAUACAGUUAUCUCUUUUUUGGACCUAAUGCCACUUAAAGAAACAAAAAAACGAAUUGAGAGGUUAAAUAAAUUAUUGAAAUAAUCCAAUUAAAUUGUUGUAAAAACACAGACUAGAAUUGUGGGUGUUAUGUCGAAUGUUGAAUAUAACAUCAGUCGGCUUUGUGGGUUCAUUUCAGAAAAUUGUCCAUUGUCCAAACAUCAGUCAGUGUUAAAAUGUUAUGCAAAUACAAUGGAAGAAUUCUCUAGAACCAAGUAAGUAAGUAAGUAAAUGUAUUCAUAUUGCACCUUUCCAGACCUGUCUUUGAGUCUUGUUUCUAAUCAGUUGGUCUUGAAUAUAAAAUUAGCCGUCAGUUAUAUACAAAAUACAAUGCAUAGAUGAGUUUUUAUUACACAGCUACAGAGGAAGUGACAGCAUGGAUUUAGUACAUGUCAGUCAGUAUUUCACAUGAUUUAUGCAUUAACAUUCAUAGAGGAACUGAGUCAUAAUUAGACUCAAUUUUGUCAGUUCAUCAUAUCCAGGCUUUAUGGUUAAAGUACGCAUAUUGUACUAGUAUUGUCAUUUUCAUUUAGACAGUGUGGAGUUUAAUUACAACAUCACAGUUUUCCCACUUUUUUUAUUCAUUUUUAAAUCUAAAAAUAGUUUCUUUUGAAGGCCUGAAUCCUCUUUUUUGCAUGUGGAAUGCUUCCUAUUUUAGUUACCCUAUAAACUGCUCCAUUGCUGAUCCCUAGAUGACUUGGAAGUGUAUUGAUCUUUAUGUCGAGGGUUUUUUUAAUCCUCUGAUUUAGAUCUUCCUCUGAUUUAUAUCUUCCUCUGUGUUUCUUCCUGGCUUCCAUAGAAAUAUAUUUAAAAAUCUAAACAUCUUUUUACAGCUUUGGAAAAUGAUUAGUACUAAUUAAGAAGACCAGAUUUGUAAUAAAACAAAACAAAAAUAUUAAAACAGAUAUAACCACUGAUAUGGUCCUUCAGUUUUGUCAUCAAAGAUGAAUAGUUAAUAUGAGGUGAAGCACUCUGCCUUUCACACAUGAAUCUGAAGGUAUGACAGCGAGGCUAAAUGAAUGAUGUAUUAAUGACAAAGUGGAGUAAAGUGUGUUCCUCUCCUUUCACAGAUGACAUGAGGAGUUAGACUCCUGAUAGAAUUUGGGUGACAGUGUUUACUUUUGAAUAAACAUAUUUUCUAUUUUGCUACAACAACUAUCCUCCUGCUCACUGAAACUGAAACAGUUUAAAGGUAUAAAACUCAGACCAAACUCCCCAUUCUUACAUACAGAACAUGACAUGAUGAGGCCUUUUGAAAUAUUUCUGUGAAGUUGCCUUUUGCUGCAUUGCAUUGAAGUAAAUGCAAUUUUUGUUUUGUUUUUUUUGUUGUUAAUUAUUACAUUGUUGUGAUCUUGAUGUGAGAUGUGGCUAAAUCACUUAAUGGACAAAACCCCCAGUUAGUUUUUUUUUUUCUUUGGGGUGGGAACUGUGUCUCCAGUGUUUGGAUUGUUUUUAAGGUUUGAACCUUUGCUGUCUGUACCAAUGAGAAAUGUCAGCUGGACUGGAGUCCAGCUGACAUUUCAACUGUGAGCUGACGAUGUGAUCCCUUUUGCUUGGUUGGUUGGUUGGUUUCUGUGCAAAUAAAAUGUUUGAGAAAC